AUGAGUUCAAUUGAUUUAGAUGAUGAUCUUAUUUAUUUUACCAUAGAUUCAUUAGAUGAUGAUGAUGAUGAUGAUGAUGAGAAUGAUUGUUCAUGUACAAAGUCUGAUCUAUCAACGUACGCCAAUUCGUCACCAGUUGAGCCAAUUCAUUCAACAUCAAACACGACAUCAGAUAAUAAAAAAAUGUCAGAUAUCACUGAUUUUCUUGAUUCAACAGAUAUCAAUGAUAAGCAAGAAUCUCUAGAUUUAAUAUCAACCACUGUUUUGGAUUAUUUACAUACAAAUACUUUACAAAAUGAUCAAAAUAAUUAUGAAAAAAAUCAAUUGGAAUCUGAAGAAAAUUAUUUAAAAUCCGGUUCGAAACAAUUGUCACCCAGUGAUUAUUUAACUCGAAAAUCACUCUAUAAUCGACCUGUUGCUUUUGAAAAAGAUUCACGUGUAUGGGCACGAAGUUUAUUAGAUAAUUUCAAAAAAUCCAAUCAAAACUGCAAAUCAAAAUCAUCAUCCUUGAAUUUUACUUAUUAUUUGCCAAUCGUCAAAAAAUCCUCGUCAUUCGAUCAUCAUGUUCAAUACAUAGAACAUUUAAAUGAAUGUAACGAUUAUCCAGCAUAUUUAGAAUAUCUGAAAGAAAAUCGUUCAGAACUACUCUACACAUUAACAGAUUCGAUUGAUAUCAUCGAAGGACUUAUCGGAACAGUUGUUUAG